GCUGCGCCUGCGCAUUGUGAAAUCGCGUCAGUACAUAGAAACAUGUUAUUAUAGGAAGUGGUCCAGAUUUUUAACUUGUUGAGAUUAUUUAUUUUUAUUUUUUAGUUAUUGUUUAGUUUUAUACAUAAUAUUUUUUUUAAUAAUCCACUGAGUGUUAACGCGAUGAUUCGAUCUAUAUCUGAUCUGGUUGUUAUUAGUAGUAAUUUGUGUAAAAUUAACAUUGUUAAUUACGCCAAAUACUCUUCUAGUGCGCUACCUCGCUUAUCUUCGGAAAAAUACAGCGUUAAACGAAAGAAUUACGGUGCUAUCGAAGCACCAGAUAUAAAUUAUUUCAAAUCUUUACUUAGUAAUGAUCGUGUUUUGACUGAGGAGUCUGACGUGUUACCGUUCAACAUUGAUUGGAUAAAAAAUUGUCGAGGUCAGUCGAAAGUCGUACUAAAACCAAAGACAACAGAAGAAGUAUCACAAAUUCUGUCCUACUGCAAUGACAGGAAGUUAGCUGUGUGUCCCCAAGGCGGGAACACAGGCCUCGUGGGAGGCUCUGUGCCCGUUUUUGAUGAAAUUGUUUUAAAUCUCAGCUCUAUGAACAAAAUCAUAAGUUUGGAUGAAAUAUCUGGUGCACUUGUAUGCGAAGCCGGGUGUAUCUUAGAGAAUCUGGACAAUUAUGUUCGUGACCGCAAUCUUAUAAUGCCACUUGACCUUGGAGCCAAGGGGUCAUGUCAUAUCGGGGGAAACGUGAGCACAAACGCCGGUGGCUUACGAUUGUUGAGAUAUGGGAAUCUUCAUGGCUCCAUACUGGGGAUCGAAGCUGUAAAAGCAGAUGGUACAGUGAUAGAUUGUCUACGGACCCUGAAGAAGGAUAACACGGGGUAUCAUUUAAAGCAUCUCUUCAUCGGUUCGGAAGGCACUCUUGGUGUUGUCACGAAGGUAGCCGUUCACUGCCCAGCGUUGCCUAAGUCCGUAUCUCUUGGAUACUUUGGUGUCAACUCCUUUGAAGAUGUAUUGGAGUUAUAUAAAAGCGCAAAGGAAUCGCUUGGUGAGAUAUUGUCUGCCUUCGAAAUGGCGGACAACGAGGCAAUCAGGUCGACUGUGGAAAAUUGUAAAGUUUCGAAUCCUUUAGAAGAUUACCCAUUCUAUGUGCUCAUAGAAACAAGUGGUAGUGAUGAAAGUCACGAUGAAGAGAAAUUGAAUCGAUUUUUAACUAAAGAAAUGGAAAGCGGUAAGAUUGUUGACGGGACGAUUACUUCGGAACCCGCGAAAAUGAAGAAUAUAUGGCACAUUAGAGAAAGUAUACCUAGCGCGGGUUUACUUGAUGGUUACGUGUUCAAAUACGACGUUUCUAUCCCGCUAAAGAACUACUACGACAUCGUGUUAUUACUGCGCAAGCGAUUGGGUAAUAAGAUCACGCGAGUUUACGGCUAUGGGCACAUUGGUGAUGGCAACAUCCAUAUAAAUGUCUCAACUCCAGAAUAUACAAAAGAAAUCUGUGACAUGCUGGAACCCUACAUAUUCAAGGAAGUCGCCAAGGUCAAGGGAUCUAUCAGUGCUGAACAUGGAGUUGGUUUCCGCAAACCACAAUUUAUACAUUACAGCAAAGAUGAAACGGCUUUACAGCUUAUGAGAGAUUUAAAGCAAUGUAUGGAUCCUAAUGGCAUUCUAAACCCGUAUAAGGUGUUGCCAGAUAACUAAACUCGAGUUGUUAAAUAAAACAUUUUGUAUAUUAAGUAUAAACACAUUGUCAUCGUUUUGUAUGUGAUAAUUGUUACACGUUGAAUGUUGUUUUCUGCUAUUAAAAUCCUUUCUU